GUUCCAGGUCUUAUUGUGAGCCAAGAAGACAUGCCAUUCAGUGAGGAAGGUGUGUGUCCUGACAUGAUCAUGAAUCCUCAUGGGUUUCCUUCUCGAAUGACAGUUGGAAAACUCAUGGAACUCCUUGCUGGAAAGGCUGGAGUUCUCCAUGGGAAGUUUCAUUAUGGAACUGCAUUUGGUGGAUCAAAAAUGGAGGAUGUGAGUGCUGAACUCAUAGCCAAAGGGUUUAAUUAUCAAGGGAAGGAUGUUCUCAUGUCUGGUAUUACAGGUGAACCCUUGUCUGCAUACAUCUACUUUGGUCCUGUGUAUUACCAGAAAUUGAAGCAUAUGGUCCUGGACAAGAUGCAUGCAAGAGCAAAGGGACCCAGGGCAGUGCUGACUCGGCAGCCCACUGAGGGCAGGAGUCGUGAAGGUGGACUUCGCCUUGGUGAGAUGGAGAGAGACUGCCUAAUUGGAUAUGGAGCCAGCAUGCUCCUCUUGGAGAGGUUGAUGAUCUCAUCUGAUGCUUUCAAUGUGGAUGUAUGCAAUGAAUGUGGCCUUCUUGCAUACAGUGGUUGGUGCAACUUCUGUCAGAGUAGUUCGACAGUGUCUUCCCUACGCAUCCCAUAUGCCUGCAAGCUCUUAUUCCAGGAACUGCAGAGCAUGAACAUUGUGCCAAGGCUUCGAAUGCGAGACUAUUUUCCAUAACCAGGGAAAAGAAAAAUGAAAAAUGAUUGAUAUUGCAA